CGCUCUUAAACCCCCGAUUUUGCUGUUGUCUUGGUGGUUAAACAAAAACCCUAGCUUCCUGCUCCGAUACACAAAAAAAAUGACAGGCGAAGUAGUGAAUCCAAAAGCAUAUCCACUAGCCGAUGCGCAGCUCACAAUUACCAUACUAGACCUGGUUCAACAAGCUGCUAAUUACAAACAGCUCAAAAAGGGCGCUAAUGAAGCCACCAAGACUUUGAACAGGGGUAUUUCGGAGUUCGUUGUGAUGGCGGCGGACACUGAGCCACUUGAAAUUCUUCUCCAUCUCCCCCUGCUGGCAGAAGAUAAGAAUGUGCCCUAUGUAUUUGUGCCUUCAAAACAAGCACUUGGCCGAGCCUGUGGAGUCACAAGGCCUGUUAUUGCUUGUUCUGUGACAAGCAACGAGGGAAGCCAAUUGAAGGCAUCCAUAGAUGUUCUCAAGGAUGCCAUUGAGAAGCUCUUGAUCUGAAAAGAAUUUACAGAAUGUGAUUUCGGUGUGAUGGGCCUCUUGGAAGGGAAGAGUUACUUCUUUGAAGGCUUUGACUGAGGAAGUUGUGCUAUUAGCUAAGGGAUUUUUUUUUUUUUUAAUCAAGAUAUUUCUCAUGGUGCAUCUCAUGCGAUGUGAGAAAUAACAAACUUGGAGUUAAAUUUACAAAUGUGUACGAGAAUGGUACUUUAAACCAAUUUUAUUAAGUUGCUUUAUGUUGUAGUGUGCUUGUUGGUAUUGUUUUAUAGUAAUGCGAUAUGUUGUCACA